AUGGCUACUAGUAUUGAUUCAGCAAACAGCAUUCUCACAGAGACAUUUCUGUGGUUGGGAAAUUCAUCAUGGACUAGUGUGCUUUUAAUCUGUUUUGCAGGGGCCAUUACAGGACUGUAUGUUUAUUCAAGAAUACCCACAUGGAAAUUGCCUAACCUUCCCAGUCCCCCUGAAUCAUGGCUGUUCGGCCAUUUGCCUCUCUUUGCCAAGGAAGGGACUGAUGUUUUUAUUGACCUGGCUCGCAAAUAUGGUCCAAUUUACAGGUUCAACUUUGGAAGGCAGCCAUUAGUGAUAGUGGCAGAUGCCGACUUGUGCAGAGAGGUGGGGGUUAAGAAAUUCAAAUCUUUUCCAAAUAGAAGUAUUCCGAUGUCCAUGUCUGCUUCUCCUCUCCACCUCAUGGGACUCUCUAUGACUAAGAACCCAAGAUGGUCAUCAAUGCGUGGGGCGAUACAAGCUCUGUACCAACCGAGCCAUAUAGCGAGUCAAUUGCCUCUGAUGGAACGCACAAUCUGCAUCGUCAAAGACUAUCUCUCCACCAAAGACGAAAAAGAAGACAUAAACUUCUCAGAUCUCCUGGGGAAGGUCUCUUCAGACAUCAUUGGGGAGGCAGCGUUUGGCGAGAAGUUCAAUCUCACACCAUCCAAAACGCCACAUUUAGUCGAAUUCCAAGUCACUGAGUUUGUCAAGGAGCUGGUUUUCUCCACUUCUCUGAGACUGGACCUAAGUGGCACCUUCUCUACAAUCGUGGGAUUCCUCUUCCCAAUUUUACAGAAGCCCGUUCGAGAAAUCCUCGCUCGCAUCCCAGGCACACGUGAAUGGAAGGACGAACAGAUUAACAGUGAGCUUAUACACAGAUUGAAUGGCAUGGUGGCCAAGAGAAGUAUGGAUUUGGGGUUGAAAUCCAGAAAGGAUUUUCUUUCCUCAGUGCUGAAUGCGAGGGAGUCGAGUAAAGAUAACAGAGAUUUGUUUACCCCAGACUAUAUAAACGCUCUCGCUUAUGAGCAUGUCUUGGCGGGCUCAACUACAAUUGCGUUGACAAUGUCUUUGGUGUUAUAUCUUAUUUCUGCACACCCCAAUGUCGAGGAAAAAUUGCUUGAAGAAAUCGAUGCUUUUGGGCCCACAGGCAGAAAUCCCACUGCUGAUGAUCUUGACAAAUUUCCUUAUCUUACUCAGGUAAUAAAGGAGGCUAUGCGUUACUAUAUGGUGUCUCCUUUAGUUGCAAGAGAGGCUGUUGAAGAUGUUGAGAUAGGAGGGUACCUAUUUCCAAAGGGAACAUGGGUAUGGUUGGCCUUAAAUGUAUCAGCAAAUGAUCCUAUCUAUUUUUCCGAACCUCGAAAAUUUAAGCCUGAGAGAUUUGAUCCUGAAUGUGAAGAAGAAAAGAAGAGGCAUGCCUAUGCCAUCCUCCCUUUUGGGAUUGGACCUCGUGUUUGCAUUGGAAUGAGAUUUUCAUUACAAGAGAUUAAACUAGUAAUGAUUCAUCUAUAUCAAAUGUUUACAUUUGAGCAUUCUCCAUUGAUGGAGAAUCCCUUAGAAUUCCAAUAUGGAAUCAUAGUUUCUACCAAGCAUGGAGUCAAGCUUCGAGUUCACAAAAGGAGUCAUCACAAGACAAAUUUUCAAUGA